UCUAGCACACACACACACUUUCACACGCGCUCUGCAGCUCCACGCGUGCAGCCUGGAAAGCAACCAACAGCAGACUUGAGCUCAGACAACCUGCGCUUUUAUGAAGCUCUGAAGUCUUCCUUCCAGUCCGGAUCAGGGGGAAUUGUGCGUGAUCCAGUCCAGCGGCUGCAGUUUUAUUUCCCACUGAUCGCCAUCUCUGAGUGGGCUGCAGCUGGACCUGAAACUUUCACCCUCCAGGGAGAACCCGUGCAGAACAUGCGGGGGUUUGUGGCAGUGCUGGCGGCGUUUGCAGUCCUCUCGGCCGGAUUAAGGAGCUCCGCGGCUGGGGUGGAGAUGCACAACUACUUGGCCGCAAGCGAGAGCUCGAUCGCCGGCUUGCAGAGGGCUGCAGCUGCGGUGAACAGCUCCGCGCUCGUCCGGGCGGAGAGCUCCGCGGACGGGGACAGAGCAGCGGGGCGGACCACCUGCCCCAGCCGCUGCCGGUGCGAGGUGGACGGGCUGCUGCACAGGGUGGACUGCUCGGACCUGGGGCUCCGGGAGAUACCGAGCAACCUGAGCGUCUUCACAUCCUACCUGGAUCUCAGUAUGAAUAAUCUGACCGUGAUGUCCAGCGGAGCUUUAUCCAACCUGCACUUCCUGGAGGAGCUACGUUUGGCAGGAAAUGAUUUAACCUUCAUCCCCAAAGGAGCUUUCUCCGGCCUCUACAACCUCAAAGUGCUGAUGCUUCAGAACAACCAGCUGACGUCUGUACCUGCUGAGGCUUUCAACAACCUGCACAACCUGCAGUCACUGCGUCUGGACGCCAACCACAUCUCCAGCGUUCCGUCUGGUUGUUUCUCUGGCCUGCGCUCGCUGCGUCACCUCUGGUUGGAUGAUAACUCUCUGACGGAGGUCCCGGUGGAAGCUCUCAGUGAACUUCCUGCCCUGCAAGCCAUGACGCUCGCCCUCAACCACAUAAGCCACGUUCCUGACCACGCCUUCAGCAAGCUUGGCCGCCUGGUGGUGUUGCAUCUCAACAACAAUAGGAUCGUUACCAUGGGAACGAACUGCUUCCACGGACUCCACAGUUUGGAGACGCUGGAUUUGAAUUACAACAGCCUGGUGGAGUUUCCUACGGCCAUCCGCUCACUCAGCCACCUCAAGGAGCUCGGUUUCCAUAGCAACAACAUCCAGUCUAUUCCAGAGCACGCCUUCACUGGGAACCCUUCACUAAUCACCAUAUUUUUCUACGAUAAUCCCAUCCAGUCUGUUGGACGUUCAGCCUUCCAGAACCUACCGGAGCUUCGAACGCUAUCUCUGAAUGGAGCUGCAGAACUCACCGAGUUUCCAGAUCUAACAGGAACCAAAAGUCUGGAGAGCCUGACCAUCACCGGAGCUCGGAUCACCUCUCUUCCCAGUUCCGUGUGUGAGCAGCUUCCACACCUCCAGCUUCUCGAUCUCUCCUUUAAUCAGAUCCAGACACUCCCCAGCUUUUCUGACUGUGAGAGCAUCCAGAAGAUUGAUCUGCACCAUAACGAGAUAGAGGAACUGAAGGAGAACACCUUCACCGGCCUGAUGUCGCUGCGCUCGCUGGAUUUAUCCUGGAACAGGUUGUCAUCUGUGAAGCCGAACUCAUUCUCGGCUUUGCCAGCUCUUUCUAAACUUGACCUGUCAUCCAAUCAGCUGUUGUCUCUCUCUUUGAUUGGUCUGCAAAGUUUGACUCAUAUUCGACUGGCUGGAAAUGAUCAGCUGACGGAGUUGAUACCCCGAGAGGAUCUGCCGCGAGUCAGGGUGAUGGAGCUUCCUUAUGCCUUCCAGUGCUGCGCCUUUGUCUCCUGUGACAGAAGAGGUGGAGGAGGAGAUUUGUCCUGGGAGACAGAUGAGGCUCCAGAUUCAACUGGGAAGGAAGUCCCAGCCCUCUCCAGUCAAGCAGACCAGGACUUCGAGGAUUUUAUCAUGGAGUUAAAGGAUGAACCUGAACCUCAACACUUUGUCCACUGCAGCCCAGCACCAGGACCGUUCCAUCCCUGCCUCCACCUGCUCGGCAGCUGGAUGAUCCGUGGAGGGGUGUGGCUCAUUGCAGUGAUCUCAUUGAUCAGCAACAGUCUUGUUGUCCUGUCAGUCUUCUUUUCUCCAGCAAGCUUGGUCACGCCAGCCAAAUUGCUGAUUGGCCUGAUGGCUCUGGUGAAUGGCCUGAUGGGAGUGUGGAGCGGUUGGCUGGCGGCGGUGGACACCUGGACAUUUGGCAGCUUCUGGAGGUACGGGAUAACGUGGGAAAGCAGCUUCCUGUGUCGCCUCAGUGGCUUCCUGUGUUUGUUUGCGUCUCAAACCGGACUUUUCCUGCUGACCGUCGCAGCUCUGGAGCGAUGCAUGACUGCUUCCGCUGGACAACGCAACAAAACUGGGAGUAGCAGCUAUCGCUGUUCUUUGCUCAUCCGCCUGUCCAUCUGCUUGUGUUUCCUGCUGGGCCUCACCAUCACGCUGCCACCUCUUAUGGCCAGACACAGUAACACCUCCCUCUGUUUGCCCCUGCCUGUGUCCUCCUCCUCCUCCUCCUCCCUGGCCUUCUCUGUGUCCCUGGUUCUCUUUGACUCACUUUGUUUCCUCCUCAUGACCCUCGCUUACUCUCGUCUUUACUGCCGUGCCCACAAAGCUCCGCCCGCCUCAGACGAAGAGGCAGUGUUGACUCGACAUGUCACCUGGCUACUCUUCUCCAACUGCAUCCUCUACCUGCCCGUCGCUUUCCUCUCCUUCUCCACCAUCUUGCAGCUCCCUGCUGCCGGGCCAGAGGCGGCAAAGGGCGUGCUGCUGCUGGUGGCGCCGCUGCCGGCCUGUGUCAACCCGCUCCUCUACCUCCUCUUCAAUCCACUUGCAAGAGAGGAGCUGGCAGCGCUGGCCAAACGCACCUGUGGUGGCGUGGUGGUACCGAAGCUACAGAGAGGAGUAAGAAGAGCUGGAGGAAGUCUGGAUUCAGCGUACGAUGAGGAUGCAGAGAAACAGUCAUGUGACUCGACGCAGGCUUUGGUCAUUGUUUCAGGGGUGAAAGAAGAAGAAGGAGGGAACGAGACGCAACAUUCGGUGGCGUUUGUCGCCCCGUGUCACUGAACAGGUGCACAAAACACAACUCUCAUCUGACAAACGCUUGAACCUGAUUGGCUGUUUAUGUAAGAGGCUGUUCUUGUUGUACUUUGUCCUGUUAAGUGCCUCCUACCAGAUUAACAGGGAAUAUUUCGCCACCACCUGCUUCCUGUGAAGUUAAACCAAUCUGAAUGUCAGCCAACAAAUUAAACUGAAGGUUUGAAAGCAGAUUUAAAAGACUUGCUUUCAUUCACUAAUGAAUUUUAGGCCUCAGAGAUCCUAAAAAAUCCCCUUAUGCCCCUUGUCUGCCAUCAGAAAUAAUGGGCAUUUUUGCCUCUAGGGGCACUAGCAAGGCUUUAGCCUCAUCUCAACUUUAUUAGCAUUUGUCAGGUGAGACAAAACCUUCACACAAACACACACAUAUAUAAACACACAGCAAACUGACAGAUGGGACUGUGAGGCAGCAAAUGUAGCAGCAGCAGAUGAAGAGAAAUGAAGGCACAAGAAGGAGCUCACCAUAAAUGCACCACCUGUUUGGACUUUUAUCCUUUUUUUCCCCUCUCCAUCUUUCUUUUUCUGCAGCAAAUUGGAUAAUUAAGAUGAAGCAUUGGAUUCCGGGUUCAUGUUUGGAUGUUGUCCAGGACACAAACAUAAACAUCAUGAAUGGUGUAAAUUCUCCAGCUUCUUUUUUUUUUAUGUGACACAGUUUACAGCGCUGUGUUACCAAACGUUGCACCAAAUGUUCGCGGUGACGGCUCGUGUUUUUGCUAAUGUGUGUGAAAACUAUAGCAUGCAUGUGAGUGUCGUCAGAGUCGGAGCUGAAACGGAAAACUGGAGUCAAGAGGACAACAAGCAGCUAAAGCUCAUGUCUGCUAAAAACACGGAACUGCUCCUUUAAAAUGUCCUGUUUUCCAAGAUUUCUCAAAGGAAAACUUUUCUGUUUAACAUACAUCUCACGAAAAUACCAAAAGAGAAGUAUUUUCUGUCCACUCAUGAGAAGGGCCAACCUGCUAAAUGUUGUGGUUAUUUUGAAUGUUUACAGGUAUUAAAACACCUGUUGAGAAAGUUUAAUUACCAUUUGGAAAUAUUAUACAGUAUCUGGUUUCAGUUUCAUUGGACAAUGAAAGCUGGUUUGGUCUCAUUUAGAAACAAAUUCUCUUGACUAGAAGGAUCCCAUAUGUGUGGCUGGAUUUUAAAAGUUUGUAUAUAUUAUUGUAAAUUGAAGCUUCUGUGACAAUCCUUUGUUUUUUGUGUAUUGUGAAUGUUUAUGUUGUCUUUAACAUGACAGCCCCAUUUACACUUGCUCUUAGUUUGCCUUGAGCAGACUAUAAAUAAUGAAUCAAGCUUGUGAACACUUUUGAAUUUUUUGGUAUAAAUGUGACUUAAAACAUCCUCAGAUUUCUAAAAGUAGAUGUAGAGACUUAUUAAAAAAAACAAGACAAAUGCUUGGUAAUUUAUUUCAUGUGGAAAAUGAUCCAAUAUUACAUAUCUGUGAUAAUUAAACAUUUAUUUUCAGUAUCUGCUCUGACUUUAUUAUGCAACAAUAACUUAAACUAAAUGUGUCCACUCUGAAUAAUUUCUGAACAUCAUUUCAGGGGUAUUUUGAUUACUGAACAUCUAAUUUCAGGUUAUUACACAUAUUGUUUUCUGAAUUAAGUUUUAAAUGUCAGUAUUUUGACAUCUGAAGCAUCAGCUUUUUUUCUUUUGCUUUUCUUUGUCCUGCAGCUUCACCCUGCUUCUAUUCAGAUUUAGUUCCCUCAGAGUUUACUGGGCUAUUCUGGCAAAAAUACAGCAAAACAGACCCAAACCAUGGCACUACCACCACCAUGUUUCACUAUUGGAUGAGGUUUUACAGUGCAGUGUUUUGUUCAUUCCAAACUUCUCAUAUAAACUAAAAUGUACUCCUGUAAUUUGUCCCAAAGCCUUCUGGUUUAUCCAUCUGCACAUUCACACAUUUCUUUUUGUAGAGUAGUUUUUGCUGGUUUGAAGUGAAUAAUCUGGACUGUGUUCACCAGAGGGUGGCAGUAUAGGCUGCAUAGCUAGUGGUUUUAUUUUACUUAAUAAAAUAAAAUAAAAGGUAGUUGUGAGAGGAAAAUGAAGCCUUGAAAGUGCAAAAAAAAAAAAAAAAAAAAAAAAAAAAAAAAAAAAAAAAAACAUAGACAUCCACAAGUGGAAAAUGAAGCAAGUCCUUCAGAAUUUCUCUUCAUCUUUGGAGAUAUUUUGGAUAUUGUAUCAUAUCUGGGAAGAUGCUGGUCAGUCAUGCGAGUUUAUCAUUUGUCUGCUGGUGAGUCAUUUUAAUCUUUGCAGGUCAGACAAGAUUCACAAAGUUGUUUUCAUUCCCUCUGAUGGGCAUUAGCCUUUCCUAGAGACAGGAAAUAAAAAAGCAAAACUUGAAUUGAUUAAAUUUAUUGAAUUCACCUUUUCUUAUCCAUAACUUCUAAGGGUACAUUCACACCAGAAUAAACCAGGGGUUCAGUUUGCUUUGCUUUCACACUGCACUUUACUGAAGUGGACCAAACCACCUGGACAGUGUCACACAGUUACAACAGCUGCUCACUAGGGGGCAAUAUUUCCCAGAACAGCUGCUAACCAACAAGAAUGAAGAAGCUUAUCUGGCUCAUUUAUUGGGCGGGACUCGUUUACGGGAAGUAGACAAUAAAGCAACACCAAAUUUAUUCAAUCUUUGGGUUUCUGUUUUCACUUUGGUGUUAAAACCAGAACCUGUCCUCUGUUAGCAACAGAAGGCAGCAAGUUGUUGCUCUAUGACGUGUCCUACAUCACUUCCUCUCUUUGGUGGAUGGUCCAUUUGCUUUCACACUGCAAGAGAACCACACCAGGGUUCACUUGCAAAUAAACGGAGACCACCGGUUUUCAGGCAGAGCAGAGUUGGCACUGCUCCAAACAAACUGUACUAUCCAUGAAAGCAGGCUUUGUUUAAAGCAGACCAAACAGAGCCAGUGUGAAAGCGCCCUUAACGUGAAUCAGACAUGAUGGAAACCCGACCACUGAUCAGUGUCUCUUGGCGCGAUGAUGCUGGUCCACAUUCCUGUGGAGGGCAACAGUCUAAAUGUUUCUCACAAUCUAAACUCUAUUCAAAUGGCUUUGCCACUUUUUACAACAUGAGCUUUUUUUCUGAGCUCCUCAGAAAUUUAUGAUACACAAAUAUGUUAAAAUUAUUAGAUUCUGAUAAAACGGCACAAACAUGCAUCUGUUUUUAUCCAUUGGAAAAAAAAAACUCAAAUUUACUGGAUAUCAUAAAGGUUGACAUUUACAGAUGUGUAAUACUGGAUCAUAUUCUCCCAUAAAAAAUGAGCUACUAUAAUAUUUUCAUUUGAUGUUUCAAUUGGAUUUUCUUUAUUUACCUGAAGGAUGUUUUGUGAGAACCUGACGAUUUUUAAGGUCAUCUUUAGUCCAUAAGGACAGUGUAAAUUUGUAGUCCAGAUCACACCAGAACCUUUCGGUGGAUCAAAACUAAUUCAAGGGCUCAAUGAGACGUAGUCUUUCCAGUAUGUUCUAGGUUGGCCCUAAGGUCUGUUACCAAGAACACCUCAGUGGAGGCAUUGUAUGUAAAAGAUGGUAACAGGCACUGUAAGGCCUGGUACACACAUACCAGAUUUUUGGGCUGUUUUUGUCUCUUCCCGACCUCGGAUGGCAAACGCCCGAUCAUCGUGAGAUUUCCCUGUCCAAUGAUCAUUUGGUCUGUGGUGUGUUACGAGCCGAUUUGUCACGAUAAUCCGCUCCGAAAUGGGUUGUAGUCGACAAUUGGGAAUAUUAAACAUGUUCAAUAUUUCAGAGCCGAUUUCUGAGGAACAUCGACGACUCGUUCAUUGUGACUGCGUGG